AUGGAGGAGAAGUCGCAAUCCCUGGAAAACAAAAGCAAAAGCAAGAAGACCAUCUUAUCGGAAUCGGAGUUGGACGACGAGCCCUUCACAGAAGAAGACCUCCAAGCCAUUGAAGCCGCAUUCGAAGCUGCCACUUCUUUCUCUCUCCCCAAAAAGCGACGGUCCAGCCCAGAGGACGACGACGAAACCCAACAACACCACUCCAAGAUUGACCGCCGCCGCCUGCCCAGUUCAGUUCUCGCUCUCCAGCAUCCAAACGCAUUCUCUCUCUCCCCUUGUCGUCAAGCCAAUAUAAGGAUGAGAUAUCCUGUGAUGAAGUUUGGAGGUCAGAUUACAUAUAGCAGGACUGCAGUUCAAGUAGAGAAAGCUGCCAUGGAGGUUCUAAAGAUUAUUGAAGCAAAGGAAAAAGAAACGGGCCAAACUGCAGUUGGAUUUGACAUUGAGUGGAGACCCACAUUCCAAAGAGGUGUUCCACCUAGGAAGGCUGCGGUUAUGCAGAUAUGUGUAGACACAAGUUGUUGUCACGUAAUGCAUAUUGUUCAUUCGGGGAUUCCUCAAAGUCUGCAGUUACUUCUCGAAGAUGCAUCAAUUUUGAAGGUUGGACUUGGCAUUGCCGGUGAUUCUGUUAAGGUUUUUAAAGAUUAUAAUGUCUCUACUAAAGCUGUUGAAGAUCUUAAAUAUCUAGCUAAACGAAAGCUUGGUGGAGGUCUGCAGAACUGGGGUCUUGCAUCUCUUACUGAGAAGCUUAUAUGCAAACAGCUUUUGAAGCCCAACAAAAUUAGAUUGGGAAACUGGGAGGCCAAGUUUUUAUCAAAGGAGCAGCUGGAGUAUGCUGCUAUUGAUGCAUUCACAUCAUGGCAUCUUUAUGAGGUGUUAAAGAGCCUCCCUGAUGCUGAGAAAGUUACACCUGACAAUCAGAGUGAGGAACUGCAAGCUGUAUCAUUGUAA